GAGAUGGACAGAAUAACACACAGAGCCAGAAUAGUAAUCAGGAGCCAAAGAGAUGCUGUUUAAGUUUUGAGAAAAAUCUGAAAUUUCAGCAUUGUAUGAGUGGAAUAUCAGAAGGAGGAUAUGGACGUGACAACGAACCUCAACAAUGAAUAAUUAGUUAUGGUGCAUCCUUCAACAUCCGAAACUGCACCAGCAUCCAUGCACAUUAAUAUGCAGACACUGAAGAAGAAAGCGUCAUAAAUUACGGAGCGAGCAUGGCAUAUACAUCAGCUUGAUCAAUUUCCGAGGGUGAAGAAAAUGUUCAACAGUUGAACAGCACUCGCUGGUACACAAUGUCUGACCAUGAGGAUCUGAGUAAAGCCAUGGGCCACUGGAACGCCUCGGACAGCUACCAGCUGAAUGCGGCUAGCGUCAUUGUGUCCGUAGUGUUCUCACUCAUCUUUCUGCUGGGCACUGUUGGCAACAGCCUGGUGCUCGCUGUGCUCCUGCGCAGCGGUCAGCUCAGCUACAACACCACCAACCUGUUCAUCCUCAACCUCAGCGUGGCCGAUUUCUUCUUUAUCAUAUUCUGUGUGCCUUUCCAGGCUACCAUCUACUCGCUGGAGGGCUGGGUAUUUGGCUCCUUCAUGUGCAAAGUGGUGCACUUCUUUAUCAACCUCACCAUGUACGCUAGCAGCUUCACCCUCGCUGCUGUCUCUGUGGACAGAUAUUUGGCCAUUCGUUACCCACUGCGCUCAAGAGAAUUACGAACGCCCUGUAAUGCGGUUGUUGCCAUGGUGAUCAUUUGGGGUCUGUCUCUUGUAUUCGCCGGCCCUUACUUGAGCUAUUAUGACCUGAUUGAUUUCGAAAAUAGCAACGUGUGUGUUCCUGGUUGGGAGGAACACAACCGCAAAGUGCUGGAUACGUGCACCUUUGUGUUUGGCUAUGUCAUCCCUGUGCUCAUCGUCAGCCUGUCUUACACACGCACCAUCAAGUAUCUCUGGACAGCCGUUGACCCACUGGAUGGCAUGUCCGAGUCUAAGCGAGCCAAGCGCAAGGUCACUAAGAUGAUCAUAAUCGUCACGGUGCUCUUUUGCAUCUGCUGGCUGCCCUACCACGUGGUUAUCCUGUGCUACUUGUACGGAGAUUUCCCAUUCAACCAGACCACUUACGCCUUCAGGCUGCUUUCACACUGCAUGGCCUAUGCCAACUCCUGCCUUAAUCCCAUUGUCUAUGCGCUGGUGUCCAAGCACUUCCGCAAGGGCUUCAAGAAGGUGUUCAGCUGCAUUCUCAGCAAAAAGGGUCGCAAUAAGGUGCACGUGGUGCAACUGGCUAACACCGUGCCUGGUUUCGAAGCUGCCUCCACGGAGGUAUCACACAUGAACGAAGAGAACGGGAGACAGAAUGAGCGUGAGAUGACUGACCGCCCCCUUACAGAGUCCCAGGAUGCCACUAUGAAUAUAACACUCCCUAGCCAGAAGCAGUCAUGAGCAACGGUCAAAGCUGGGUGGCACCAAUUGUCAAAGGGCACAAAUUUAACGAGACAACAAUUUUCAUGGUACAUACUGUGGUAUUUUUUUUUCUUUCACUUUUCGAAAGAGUUUGGAACAGAUGCAAUGCAGCAAGUAACACAGUAAAGCAUUCAGUGAUUUAAACAAACAGAAAAAAGAGAUACAUGCAAAGCAUAAUAGAAAAACAUCCAGUUAAUCAACUUAUUGAUUUUAGGUUUGAAUUCAUCGAGAGCUAUUUUUAAUUGCCAAAUUAAUCUAACAUAAGCUACCAUAAAAACAGCACUAAGUGCUGGUGCUAUACAAGCCUUACUGAAUCAUGAAAUUAAUGUAACUACUGUACAACUGGCACUGAACACCACCCAUGUGCUUGAAGGUUGACUACUAUAAACAAUGUUUACCUAAAAAUGCAGUGUUAAUUAUUUAAAAACACACAUAAACAGACAAUAUAUUUUUCAAUAAAAAAAGAAAAAAAAUAUUUUGAUGAUUUUUUUGGGGGGGAUUUUGGAGGGGGGGGGGCUGGUAAGUAUUAAAACGUGUUCUAAAUGUGCAAUUUUAAAGCUGCAAAUAUCUAUUUUAAUGGCGGUUUGGACGUGUUGCACUGCAUAAUGCUUCUGUAACGAUUAAACAAUUUUGUGAUAUAACUGCAGAUGGUUACUAUGUAAUGCGCUCUAAUGUUCUAAGAAGUCUGUGUUUGUUUAAUGUUAAUUUCUUUCUAGUUUACUGCGUUUUAGGCACUUGUGAUUUCCUGACUUAUCUCUGCUUGCCUGUAAUCUUCUUACAGAGACUUUAUUAAUACUGUAAUUAGCAAGUGCAAUUUACAUCCAAUUUACAUUACUAUAUAGGCUUAAACAAAUGGGCUCACCCCAGUUUGCACUUUUAUACCGGUUGGAUACAACCUUUUGAGGUUGUGGUUAUGAUUGCCUUACCUCUGUUUUUUGUUUUUCUUUAGUAUUAAUCAGUAAUAUGUA